AUGGAGAAUUUAACACUCGCUCAAAACCCUUCACUCAUCCCAUCCCCAAUCCCCCACAGCCCCAGCAGCAGCAGCAGCGCCGCCGCCGCGAACGGCGUCCGCCACCAGCCGUCUGCCGCGCCGGUAACCAGAUCCGAACCCAACAACCCGUACCCGACCACCUUCGUCCAGGCCGACACGUCCUCCUUCAAGCAGGUCGUCCAGAUGCUGACCGGAUCCACCGACACGGCCAGGCUCGCCGCCAGGAGCUCGAUCCCGCCGGCACGAACCGGGCCCAGGAUGGAAAAAUCGGGCUCUAAGCUCUACGAGCGGAGGAACAGCCUGAAGAACUUCAGGAUCAGCCCGUUGGGUCCUGGCCCCGGCCCGACAUCCGGAUAUUCGGGCUCGCCGCGGUCUGGGACGCCGGAGGUUCUGUCCCCGAGCAUUCUUGAUUUUCCGUCGCUGGUGCUAAGUCCGGUGACCCCUCUUAUACCCGACCCGUUUAAACGGGAAGCGGCGGGCGGGGCGAGUAACGGGUACGGGUUGGAUAAACUGGCCGAGGAGAAGGCGAUUAAGGAGAAGGGGUUUUAUCUGCACCCGUCGCCGGCGAGUACACCGAGAGAUUCGGAGCCCCGGCUUUUACCGCUUUUUCCGGUCACCUCACCUAGAGUCGCCGGUUCAACUAAAGCUGUUAAUUCUUGA